AUGAAUACUUUGAAAAGAAUACAGGAGACCAAGCAAGCAUCAAGGAAGAAUCCAGAAGUGGAAGCAAAAUGGUUGGAUUACAUCCAGGAUGAAAGCCUCAAUCCGGUCGCGAUUCCGGUAGGGCCCCGGUUUCAAGCCGACUUGCCGGACUGGAUUGGUCCGCCCAAUAAUGACAUAGAGAAGGAAUCAAAAUGGUUGGGUACACAGGUAUGGCCAAUCAAGAAUGACCCAGAGGAAACAAACGAGGCGAGAAUUGGGAAAGGGAGACCAGAGUUCUGCAACUGUGGGUCGCCUGGAUCAGUUGAAUGUGUGAGAAGGCAUGUGGGUGAAGAAAGAAAAAAGCUGGAAUCUGAACUGGGGCCUGCGUUUCAGGAAUGGAGAUUUGAUGAAAUGGGAGAAGAUGUUUCCGAUCAAUGGAGUCUACGGGAGCAGCGCAAGUUUGAGUCAAUUGUGAAAAGGAAUAAUCCAUUAUUAUCUCAAGGUAAAAGCUUUUUGCAGGCUGCCAUGGCGGCUUUUCCCUCCCACAACAAACACAGCAUCCUCAAUUACUACUUCAACGUUUAUCUCCCUCGGAGAUUUAGCAAGGAAACAAGGUCGGAUCAUCGUGAAGCCGCCGGCACCGAUGACGAGGAGACAAACUCCCGUUGUCUGAAGAAAAGGCGUUUUGUAUAUUGAAAUGAAUCUACAUCCCGUACCGUUACUGUAUCACCGUGGUCCAUUUUUUUCAAAUUACGA